AUAGUUGACAUUGUCAAAUCAAAUGUCAACAUCAACAACAAACAAAUUAGAAAAUUUAGAAAUUAGCCAAGCAAUAAAUUCGAAAGGAAAUUCAUAGAGCCAAAAAUGGUAAAAAUCGCGCUUCAAAUAAAAGCACAACUGGAAUGCAUAGAUAAAGUUUAUACCAGCCACCCGGACUUUCAAUGGUUCCUAAAACUCAAGUGUGGCAGUUGCGGAGAAGUAACUGAUAAGUUCCAUGACUUGACGGAGUCAGAGAAAGUGCCCCAAAAGCAUACCAGGGGCGAAUCCAACUUGCUCAUCAAGUGCAAACUUUGCUCCAGAGAAAACAGCAUUGACGUUAUAGAAGGUAGCAAUGGUGUUUUCACUAAUGAAGAUGUUAACAAAUUUAAAACAAUAGUAAUUUUUGACUGCAGAGGUGUGGAACCAGUUGAUUUUGAACCCAAAUCUGGAUGGAUAGUUGAGUCUGAGGACAAUGGUAAAAAGUUCCACGAUGUAGACCUAUCGGAAAAAGAAUGGGCUGAUUAUGAUGAGAAGAACAAAACAUCAGUUGGAAUAUAUGAAUUGGAGUGGCAGUUUGUUAAAGUCAAAUAAUUGUUAAUUUAAUAUUAAGAAACUUAAUUGAAUCUAUGUACACUUUUAUAAAUGAAUUAACCAGAACCAGGUAAUAAAACAUCCUAUUAUUUUA